GGGGUGAGGAAGAGAUAAAGAGGGGGUACGGAGAGGAUCUAGAAACAGAACAGAGAGGUGGUGGGGGGAGGGGGGUGAAUGUGAGUGGAUUUCGAUAGGGACAGGGACACCGAGUGGGAUCAAGCUAUUAACGAUGGUGUGCAGAGAGACAGAAGUAGGCGCAUACGUGGGAAUAGACUGACGAAGGGGAGAAAGAGGGAAGGAGCUGGGGUACAUACAGAAAGAGAGGGCGGCGUUGAUUAGGGAUAGACGUAGAAAUGUGGAAGUAUUCGGGAUAGUGUCGGGGGAGGGAAUGGGCUGAGAAAGACAAGCUCAUUGAGGGGAACCAGGAUUUGAGGGUGGAGAGGAGGAGGCAGUGAAGUCUGAACUGGAAUUAUUGUCCCAGUUUAAAGUUCAGAGUUCAGCUCCUGCUCAGACUGACCUUCACAGCUGACCAGUGGCCGGAGACUGGACAGACGUCUGAGGAUUCCCAGAGAACUCCACUUUAUAGCCUUUGGGCUCGAUUAAUGCAUACGGUUUAUAGAAACAGAACUUGAAUGUGUUAGGUGGUGCAAACUCACCGUUAAGAAAGUACAUUUUCAGGAAAAAGGAGCAGUUUAAUAUAUUAUACCAAUACUGGAUGAUAAAUUAUUUUAUAUGGUGAGUCAAAGCCUCAAGGUUAGGUAAUAAGCCGGACUUCAAGCUUUUUCAGGAGUUAGUUUGUGUCUUGCUUUUAACAUCAUACUGGCUGGAAAUUUCAAGGAGACUUUGAGGAAUAAAAUUGGGUAGAUCUCUUUUGGAGAGUGACUUUUGAAGGUUUCAAUUAUUUGAGUCAGUGGGUUAGCUCUGCCCUCGGUUGUACGGGAUGCCUGCUCCAAACCCGAGUUUCUGUGUACGGCUGCUUGCUGUUUGGAAAUCAAUCUUCACUGGCAGGUAUCUGUUCAUCACCAACACUGUGAGCUGUGGGGCUCUGAUGGCCGUUGGAGACAUGAUCCAACAAACCCGGGAGAUCUGGCGAGAGCCUGACUAUGUGCGGGAAUGGGCACGAACAGGACGAAUGUUUGCAACUGGCUGUUUAAUGGGCCCCUUUGGGCAUUUCUGGUACGGGGCCCUGGACCGAAGGUUUCCAGGAAGGACCAAACGCACUGUGCUGAAGAAAGUUCUGUUGGACCAAAUCAUUGCCUCACCGAUCUUUGGCCUCAUCUAUUUUGGUGGAAUGGGGAUGUUAGAAGGCCAUCAUCCAAUUGAAUGCCUGAUGGAGUUCAAGAGGAAGUUCUGGAAAUUUUAUAUGGCAGAUUUGAUGUUGUGGCCUGGAGCCCAAAUGAUCAACUUCUACUUUCUGUCUCCGAAAUACCGUGUCCUGUAUGUGAAUGUAGUGACUGUCGGUUGGGAUACUUACCUUUCCUACCUUAAACAUGAGGAUCAGGAAGGUGCAGCACUGACAGUGGGUGAGACAGGGGUUUCGGACAAACAGCAAGUAAAGUCAGAGAGCUCAGUGAAAUCGCUGGAAGAUAGACCGUAGCUGCUGUCGAUUUGGCAAUAAACCUGGACUCCCCGAUGGCCCAAAGACUGAGGAGCAGUCUCUGAUGGCUGAUCCUGCCCACCCUGAACCUCAGCAUGCAGGCAGCUAAGAGCUGAAGAAAGGCUACUUCUGGGCUGUUCUGAACAGUUUUUUUUAAAUAAUCGUUGAAAUUGUCAUUCUGACCUGUUGAAGAAUUAAAAUAUUUUUAAAAUGAG